AUGUUCGGAAAGCCUCUUCCAGAGUGGCUAGCGGCAACGUACCCGCCAGAACCUGGAGCCUCGCUCUGUGACUCGAGAGCUUACUGGAGGUCUCACAUUUUGAACUACUUUCAAAGUGUGGGAUGCCCUUUGCAAGAUUGGCAUCUCGGUGACCGGCCUAUCACGUCAGCUCGUUCGCUUCUCGACUGGAUAGAUGGAAUUCGCGUAGGCCAGGAUCCUCAGCACCGUGAGCGCUUGCGCUGGCGACCUGCUCUGAAUACGCUGAUGGAAGCUGAUGUGCCAGUGUCAAGGUCUCAAGAGGAGCUACUCAGAACUGCUCUUGAUCUUCUUCGCGGUGACGAUCGGUACGUAUUGAUCCGAGGUCACUCGGACUCCCGCUAUGCUGGGCCGAACGCAUCAGUUGCAAGACUUCUGGCUCCAGAAUGGGUAGCGCUCACGCGUGCACUGGGCGACUGCGUCGCUCUCCGGCUGAUCACCGACUUCGUCUUGCUGGAAAGAGUUGGUCCCUCCUGUUACAUACAACUGAGCGGACGGGUCGGACUAGAAAGGCUCUCUGCGAAGUCAGCGAAAGCACCCCAGACUCAUCGUGAAAUCCCAUGCGAUAUGCGCGGCGCUAGUCACAGACUGCAUAUCAACGCAGAUCCGCAUAGAACUGAAUGUCCAACGAAAGCACGCAUUGAAACAUCCAAGGCACAUGCUCUCCCGAUUUCGACGAAAAGCAUCGCGCUCGGCCCCUACGGCAUAACGACAAGGAACCCGUAUCUUGCCAUGCAUCCCUCAAAAUCUAACGCCAAACGUUUGCUUGCGCUCGCUGCGGCAGGGCUGUGCUCACGCGAAGAGUAUCAUGGAGGGGUGUGUCUCCCUCUUCGCUGCUCCUCCUGUAUUCGUUUCCUUGACGCUUUUCGCUGCAUACUGGUGCGAGCGUGGGAUAUUCCUCUGAAGGGAAUGCUCAACCAUUACUGCCCAUCGAAAGCAACCACUGUGGACCAGUCUCAACCAGUUAUGAAAAAAUAUGCCUCUUCACGCCGCUCUGUUUUCCAUUUCCUCUUUGCGAUAUUCAGAUCGAUUGUUCCCACUUGUGUGUUUGAGUCCUUUACAUUUGAAAUCUGGGUACGGAAGGCGAUAUCCUCCUUCCUUCUGAGCAAAAUAUCUUCCACGCCUUACGAUGUACGACUUCAUGUCGCUCAGCUGAUGGAAACGGUACAAUUUCAGCAGCAUCAGCCUAUGUCUUUUGGCGACGCUGGAGUAUGCCGCAACCAUCCGCUGCACAUUCAGCAUAUUUUCAGCUUUCUUUUCAACGCCAUCGUCAUACACGUCUUCGAUGAAUGUUUUGUUCUCAGCGCAGCCGAUCGCGCUGAGAUGCGGAGAUUGAUAUUACGUCGAGACUCGCUCUUCGUUUUCCGCACGCAAGCCAUUGCUCACCUUGUACGCAGUGGCGACUUUGAACGCAUGCGGAAGAAUCUCGGUAAGCGAACUGGUCACUGGACAAGUGUUCGUAUUUUGCCGAAAGCGAACAGCUUUCGACUUGUUCAAAAAAUGAGCCCUGACACACAGGGGAAGGAGACAACCCUAAUACACGCUGUUUGCCUGUACGAGCGCUUGUCUCGACCUGAGGCGUUCGGCGCGAGCAUUCGUUCUCUAACUGAAAUGCACCAGCGUUGGGCCGCCUUCGUCCAGAGAUGGCGACGGUUUGGGCGACCGCCUCUUUUUGCACUAUGCUUCGAUAUCCGCCAGGCUUUCGAUUCUAUACCUUUGAAGCGUUUUCUCUGGCGAGAGCUUUCGGAUUUCUUUCACUCAGAGGCCUACGCGCUUCGAAGGUUCAUUGUCACAGACAAACAAUUUCGAUUUCCACAACGAAAGUGGUUUGCCUGCCCUAUUGCUGAUGUCACUAGAGGUUACGACGCUUUUGCUCUGCAGUACUUGCAGUCAGCCCGCAGCAAAAUUAUUGCCGACGAGGGCGUGAUUUGUUCGCUGCAUACCGCCGAUAUCAUUUCGCAUUUACGUCGAAUUAUCGGAAGCAAUCAAGUUCAUUUUGGCGAUCAUUCUUCAGCGUUAAUCCAGCGCCGGGGCAUUCCCCAAGGUUUACCAAUAUCGAGCAUCCUAUGCGAUUUUCACCUCGGAUGCUUUGAGCGAAAAUGUCUGAAGGAUUUCCUUCGCGUUAAUAGUACAAAGGAUCCGCCUUCCUUAUUGAUGCGUUACGUAGAUGAUGUGUUUUUCGUAACGAGUGAAGUUUCCAUCUUCCGUGCGUUUUGCAACAGGGUUCAGCAGUGCUCAAAAGCGCUUGGCGUGAUGCCAUCUCCCGGGAAGACUCGAAAAUGCGUCGCAGGCGGUAGGAAACCCCGUAUCGAAUGGUGUGGCAUGAUUUUCGAUCUGCAGAGUGCCCAAGUUCUACUACGGAUGCCGCGGUCUAUCCCAUCGGAGGCACCGGACGCUGCUGUCUUUUUCUCGAAAUGCAAAACCGCAAGCCAUCCUCGAAUCCUCCGACGGUUUAUUUCCAUUUUCGCCUCCCAGAUGCAGUCAGUAUUCCUUGAUCUCUCCAUUAACGGCCCUGAAACUGUGAAACGGAAUAUCUGCACUGCAUUACGCCUAGCCCUUAACCGCAUCGGUGAGGAUGAUCUGAGAAGUUCGCUGCGAGAGAAACCAGCUCAACGCAUCCUGUUGCGAUGGCUACGUCAAACGACCAUGAAUCGAUGCUGCCGCUGGGAGCCGUUGUCGGAACAAACGCCACAAACGUACCGCAGUGAACUGAACCGAAUCCUCUGCGAAGGAUUUAGGAUAAUCUUACACAAAUGCAUUCACAACGAAGAUUGUUUUCAAGGCUGUCGUGCUGCUUCAAGCUGUGCGUGA